UAACUUUGAUGGUGACUCUUUUAUCAAUUUAUUAUUUUAUGGGUCGUGGUUUUAGUAAUUUUAUGUAAGAAGUCAUGCCUAGCCAGGACUCUCAUUUUCUCCUAUUUUUUUUUUUUUUUUUUUUAAUGUUUAUUUAUUCUUGAGAGACAGAGACAGGGACAGAGCAUGAAUGGGAGAGGGUUUUGGAGAGAGAGGGAGACACAGAAUCCGAAGCACCCUCCAGACUCCAGGCUGUCAGCACAGAGCGUGAUGUGGGCUCAAACUCACGAACCGUGAGAUCAUGAACUGAGCUGGAGUGGGCCACUCAGCCGUCUGAGCCACCCAGGUGCCCCUCUCCUAUUUUUUAAAGAAGCUUCGUUGUUUUGGUUUUACGUUAAAUCCACAAUCUAUUUUCAAUUAAUCUAUAGCAUCAGAUAUGAAACAAAGUUAAUUUUUUCAUGUAUGUCAUUAAUUGUUCCACUACCAUUUGCUGAAAAGCCUAUCCUUUCUCCAUUGACUUGCCUUUGCUCCUUUGGUUAAAAUCAAUUGACUGUGUAUAUGUGGAGGCCCAUUUAUGGAUGUUUUGUUUUGUUCCGUUGUUCUCUUUGGCUGUUUUAAUGCCCAAUACUGCAUAGUUUUGAUGACUAUAGUUUCGUAAUAAUAUGAUAGGAAAAGAUAGGAUUCAGUAGGCAGAGAGGGAAAGAUGAUCUGAGGUCCCUGGGUGGGGAAAAACACAUAUUUUGGAACAAUUCUGGGAGUGGCUGACUACAAUAAACCCCCUCCGGCAUAACGUUCCUCUGAAGAAUGUAACAGACACCACCCACUCCCCCACCAGUUUCCCUCAGGAAUUUGACAAAAGACCUAACUGAAAAUAAGGAGUAGACCAUAAAACAAAUGACCCACAAGGAAUGAUAUGGCCAUAGCCCUUAUACAACGGAAUCGAGCCAAUCAGGAAUGGACAACCCAGCACCUAGUGUUAUCCAGCCAAUAAAGGUGCCUGGUCAAGGAGGGAGAUUGUCCUGAGGGAGAAUCCAGGGGCCUCACACGGAAGACAGGCUUGCCGAUCAUGCUUGUGGAACUCUCCAAGGGCAGAGUCCCUAGAGACUUUUUAUUUUAAAAGGUGGAGGGACCGCAAUGCCCGGGGGAGGUCAGGAACCAGGGAGCUACUACGUGGGUGUGGACGUUGGAACGGGCAGUGUGCGUGCGGCUCUGGUGAACCAGAGGGGAGUCCUUUUGGCUUUCGCAGACCAGCCAAUUAACCAAUGGGAGCCUCAGUUCAACCACCAUGAGCAGUCCUCGGAGGACAUCUGGGCCGCAUGUGGUGUUGUCACAAAGAAAGUUGUACAAGGGAUCGAUGUAAACCGAAUCCGAGGGCUUGGGUUUGAUGCUACAUGUUCUCUGGUUGUUCUGGAUAAGCAGUUUCGUCCUUUGCCAGUAAACCAUGAAGGGGAUUCCCACCGAAACAUCAUCAUGUGGCUGGACCACCGGGCGGUCAGUCAGGUCCACAGGAUCAACGAAACCAAGCACGGCGUCCUGCAGUGUGUUGGGGGUGUGAUGUCAGUGGAAAUGCAAGCCCCGAAGCUUCUGUGGCUGAAAGAGAACUUAAGAGAGACUUGCUGGGAUAAGGCGGGACAUUUCUUUGAUCUCCCAGACUUCUUAUCGUGGAAGGCAACAGGUGUCACAGCACGGUCUCUCUGCUCCCUGGUGUGCAAAUGGACAUACUCGGCAGAGAAAGGCUGGGAUGACAGUUUCUGGAAGCUGAUUGGCUUGGAAGAUUUUGUUGUGGAUAAUUACAGCAAAAUAGGAAACCAAGUACUGCCUCCUGGAGCUUCUCUUGGAAAUGGGCUCACACCAGAGGCAGCCAGAGACCUUGGACUUCCUGCUGGAAUUGCGGUGGCAGCCUCACUUAUUGAUGCCCACGCAGGAGGCCUAGGAGUGAUUGGAGCAGAUGUGAGAGGGCAUGGCCUUGCCUGUGAGGGACAGCCAGUGACGUCACGGCUGGCUGUCAUCUGUGGAACAUCUUCUUGUCACAUGGGGAUCAGCAAAGACCCAAUUUUUGUACCAGGUGUCUGGGGCCCUUAUUUCUCAGCCAUGGUCCCUGGGUUCUGGCUGAAUGAAGGUGGUCAGAGCGUUACUGGAAAAUUGAUAGACCACGUGGUGCAGGGCCAUGCUGCCUUCCCUGAACUACAAGCCAAGGCCACAGCCAGAUGCCAAAGUGUAUAUGCAUAUUUGAACAGUCACCUGGAUCUGAUUAAGAAGGCUCGGCCUGUGGGUUUCCUCACUGUUGAUUUACAUGUUUGGCCAGACUUCCAUGGCAACCGGUCUCCCUUAGCAGAUCUGACACUAAAGGGCAUGGUCACCGGGUUGAAACUGUCUCAGGACCUCGAUGAUCUUGCCAUUCUCUACCUGGCCACAGUUCAAGCCAUUGCUUUUGGGACCCGCCUCAUCAUAGAGGCCCUGGAGGCGGCAGGGCACUCUCUCAGCACUCUUUUCCUGUGUGGAGGCCUGAGCAAGAAUCCCCUUUUUGUGCAGAUGCAUGCAGACAUUACAGGCAUGCCUGUGGUCCUGUCGCAAGAGGUGGAGUCUGUUCUUGUGGGCGCUGCUAUUCUGGGUGCCUGUGCCUCGGGGGACUUCGCUUCUGUACAGGAGGCAAUGUCUAGAAUGAGCAAAGUUGGGAAAGUCGUGUUUCCCAGACUUGAGGAUAAAAGAUACUAUGACAAGAAAUACCAAGUAUUCCUGAAGCUGGUUGAACACCAGAAGGAAUAUGCAGCAAUCAUGAAAGGAGACUGAGCAGAGCGUGCAGGUGCCAGUGCCAGAAGGUUCUGCGUCACUACAUCAGGGAUUUCUGUCUUAUCUUAUAUUCAAGACCCUUUAGGUAUCACUCUAUCAUUUCUGUAUCGUCUCUUAAUAAAGGCAACCGAGACGUGUGCAACCAGAACUAGAGUCUUCCAUUCCAAAAUACCACCAUGAUGUAGUUAGCAGUUUCUGCAGACACUACCAUAAAGACAGAAGUUUUCCAUAAGGUUAUAGGGUCUCCCAUGGGACGAGACCUUGGAGCCCAUUCAGCCCAGGGAAAGCUUGCACUGGUUGAGUAACUGUCAGCCAUCAGAUGAAAGACUUGCAUUGCUUUAGGUAUGACAGCUAAUGUUUAUUUUAUAGGGUGGCUGAAAGCCUAUUAUUAACGUCUUAUUUGGAAAUAAUUUCAAACUUACAGAAAAGUUGCAAGAAUAGGAAUUAUGCAAGGAACACCCAUGCAUCUUUUACCUCUAAUAUAUUCACCCCAUUGGCUUUACCAAUUGUACGUUCUUUCCACACACAUAUAUAUACAUGUAUAUGUACAUACACACACGUGAAUUUUUGAGUCAUUUGAGAGUGAAUUUCCUUAGACUUUUUAUAUAGCACUUUUAUUUAAUUUUCACUCAUAUUCCAGUUUUGUCAAUAACUCAGUGUCCUUUAUGGCAUCCCCCCCGCCCCUCCUGGGUAGGAUCCAAUCUAGAGUCAGAUACUGCAUUUAAUGGCAGAAUCCUCAUCUUGCAAUUACCAUGUUAAAAAUAGGUACUGGUAGGAAUCAUCAGUGGAUCCAGGAGGGAAUUUUAACAAGUGGCAGGAUGUAUGCGUGGUCUUAAAAUGUCUCCUCCCAGAUUGUUUAGUACUUACAAGAGGAGAAACAACAUUAACUAUACAGGGAAGAAAUGGGACAGCAUCUUGACUGGGGGAUGAAAAUUAACUUCAUAUGGGUAGAUGGACAUCACGUGCCUCUAGAUGUGCUAGCCUGAAGUCACAGCAUCAGUCUGGCUGGGAAUGCAUAGCCUGAAUCUAAUCAUAAAAAAAAAAACAUCAGACAAACCCAAAAUGGGCAGCAUUCUAUUUUUUAAUGGACUAUAUUCUUCAAAAAUGCCUGUGUCAUAAAGACAAAGAAAGGCUGUGUAAAGUUUCCAGAUUAAAGGAAACUAAAAAAAAAACAUAAAGACUAUAAAAGCUUUUGAUGGAGACAAGUAUUUGAAAAAAAAAAAAAAAGGUUGAUACCAUAACACAUGCAUAAACACACAUAGACAUACACAUUUGUACAUAUACACACUCACACACAACAUUCCAGACCCAAGAGUAACCACUAAUGUUGGCUCUAGAGCCGCCAUAAUUCAGAUGAGUUUGGAUAGAGGACACAUAGAUUUCGGCAGGUAGGGAAGAAAAGUCACUACAGGUCAGUCCAUAAACAUCAUUUUAUUUUUUUUAAUUUAAAUCCAAGUUAGUUGACACGCAGUGUAAUAAUGGUUUCAGGAGUAGAAUCUAGUGAUUCAUCACUUUCAUGUAACACCCAGUGCUCAUCCCAACAAGUGCCCUCCUUAAUACCCAUCAUCCAUUUUAGCUCAUCCACCCACCCACCUCCCUUCCAGCAACCCUCAGUUUGUUCUCUGUAUUUAAGAGUCUCUUAUGGUUUGCCUCCCUCUCUGUUUUUAUCUUAUUUUUCCUUCCC